AACGACGGACCACGAAGCGACAUUUUCGAAAUAGCAAAAAAUGCAAAAGGUUUAGAAACCUUGAAAUGCAGUGACAAUUCUAAAAUUGUAUUCAACCUGUAUUUAUCAGAUUAGUCUCGUUAAGACAAAAUUAUUUUUCCAAGAAAGAGGGACCUUCCGUCUGCUCUAACGUUACUAGUAGACCAUAGAGGUUUAGUCAUUGUGCUACCAGCCAUGUGGGGGGAGAUCGACCCUCCUCCCGAGCCAAGUCCGCCUGUCAACGUUGAACCAGCGGCCUGCAGACAGCCCGAUCCCCGGCGACCACAGCCCGACCCCAGGGGAACCGGACCCGCUUCUAGCUGCUCUGCAACCGCCAAUACCGAGGAGGACGAGCCGCAGGACAACCAGGCGGACCCCAGCGGUGUGUGUGCCAUGGUGGAGGUGGUGGCUGUGAGUGGUAUCCAGGUGAAGAGCCAGCAGGUAGGUGAGGCAGAGUUGACCUUAGCCCAGCGGAGAGAGGAGCUGCUGGGACAGUACCGGACCAAGCCCCUGGUGUUCCUGGAGCGUUACCAGGCCCACCUGAAGCCACAGCACCUGUCAGCGUUCUGCCACUUGACCUCUGACCCCCGGGCGCAGCACUACUGCCGGGAGGUGAGGCGGAGAGAGGCGGGACACUCCAACAGGACCCGGGUACGCAACCAACGCUACGCUGCCCUCAGGGAACUGCAGAGGGAGGGCCAGUACUUCAGCGAGGACCAGAUGAGAGGCCGGGAGCCCUUACUGUAUGAGCAAUACAUCGGCCAAUACCUGACUGAGGAAGAGCUGCUACAUCGCUCCCUAGAGGCCAUGCAGGGAGGAGCGGGGGAGGAGCGGGGAGCUGGGGGGGGACUGGCCCACCUCCUCCUCAGCUCCUACCAGGAGAGACUGAUCCAGAGCCGGCUGCAGGAGGAGCAGGACAGGGAGGAGAACGCACAGGAGGAGGAGCAGGGUGGAGGGUUGGGGGCAGAGGGCUGUGAGCCGACCCCCCAGGAGAAAGCACUGCUCAGGGUGGUUCUGUGUGUGUGUUGCCUCCAGGUGGAGGGUUGGGGGCAGAGGGCUGUGAGCCGACCCCCCAGGAGAAAGCACUGCUCAGGGUGGUUCUGUGUGUGUGUUGCCUCCAGGUGGAGGGUUGGGGGCAGAGGGCUGUGAGCCGACCCCCCAGGAGAAAGCACUGCUCAGGGUGGUUCUGUGUGUGUGUUGCCUCCAGGUGGAGGGUUGGGGGCAGAGGGCUGUGAGCCGACCCCCCAGGAGAAAGCACUGCUCAGGGACGAGUUCUUCACUCAGAUGUACCAACGCUUCCUGGACGGACACGACAAAGACUUUAACUACAGUGAAGUGGAUGGGAACCCCGACUACGACAACCUGGACAUCGUCAACAGAGAUGCAGAGGAGAAGUACUUCGAUGAGGAGGAGGAGGAAGAGGAAGAUGUUGUGAUGUCAUGACAGCAGUUGUUAUUGGACUGUAAAUACGAUAUAACCUCUAAUAACUCAACUAUAAUGUUUCUACUCUUUUUUGUUUAAUCACAUUCAUUUAAUAUUUCCGUUAGUUUGUAUGGAUAGCAAUAAAUCAUGUCUGUUUACGUA